AUGGACCGAACCUAUGGCGGCGCCAUCGCGGCAUUGAAUUCUCUGCAAACCAAUUUUUCUAUAAUAAAUGCUAUGCGCCAGUCUGGUCGCGUCCUUAACGAACAGUCGAUACCGGAAACAAUAGAAUGGUGCCGGAAGAUAGGACACAAGCCGUCUGACCUCGAUCGAUUGAAUUUAAUACACAUCGCCGGUACCAAGGGCAAAGGCUCAACAUGCGCAUUUAUAUCCUCUAUAUUAUCCCAAUACCUUACUCCCGGAGGCGAGGAGGCCAAUUCAACGUCAAAAUCAACGCCGAAAUUUAGGAAAAUUGGACUGUACACCUCUCCUCACCUUCGGUUCGUGCGCGAACGGAUACAGAUUAACAAUGCGCCUCUGACGGAGUCACAAUUUACACAAUACUUUUUCGAAGUCUGGGAUCUGCUAGAAGAAGAUGCUCGUUCCAAAGGCUUGGACCCGAAGGCGCCCAAUAUGAAACCAAACUACUUCCGAUACUUGACCAUUAUGGCAUUCCAUACUUAUUUGAAGGAGAAUGUAGAUGCAGCAAUUAUAGAGUGCGGUAUUGGCGGGGAGUAUGAUACGACUAACAUUCUGGUGAACCCCGUGGUCGAGGGGAUAACGAGCCUGGGGAUUGAUCAUGUGGCCAUGUUAGGCUCUACGAUCGAAGAGAUAGCGUGGCAUAAGGCAGGGAUCAUGAAGCCUGGGACCGUGGCCUAUACUGCACAGCAGCCUGAACCCGCCAUGGGUGUCCUGCAAAAGCGGGCGGAGGAGAAGAAGGCCCAAUUAUAUGUCGCACAGGGCCACCCUGACCUCGUCCCUGGGAAAAUUCGAUUGGGCCUCUCUGGCGAGUUCCAAAACAAAAACGCAGAGCUGGCUGUAGCUAUCUGUAGCUCAUUCUUGAGAAAGAUUGAGUUUCCUGAUGUACCGUCAUACGCCGACAAAGCCCCCCUGCCGGAGAAAUUCAAAGCUGGCCUUGAGGGGGUUAAAUUGGGCGGGAGAUGCGAAAUCCGGAAAGAGGACGAUCUGGUUUGGCACAUCGAUGGAGGACAUACGGCUGACAGCAUCGAAGUCGCAGGGAAAUGGUUCUCGGGGCUACCAUAUACACAGACAAGCACUGCAGAAGGACACCGGAAGCCCUGCAUCUUGAUAUUCAACCAACAAACCCGAGAUAUCACAACAUUGGCGAAUACCCUCCACAAGGCACUGACUGCUGGAAACUGCACCUUCACGCACGCCAUAUUUUGCACCAAUGUGACUUUUAAAGAGGCGGGAUAUCGCCCCGACCUCGUGAGCAUCAACACCGACGCCUCAGACGUUGAGAAACUAAGCGUUCAGAACAAGCUUGCGGAAGUAUGGCGUGGUUUGUCACCGGACACUAAGGUCGAAGUCAAGGCCACGAUAGAAGAGGCCGUCGAGUCUGCACGCAGUAUAGCUGCAUUGGAUCGCCAGGAGCACUCUUCCUCGGGCGACUCGGCCGUCAGUGUAUUGGCUACCGGCAGUCUACACCUUAUUGGCGGCCUACUCGAAGUUCUUGAGACAGCUACCAAGUCUAAAUGA